UGGUAGUACCCGUACAUUUAGAUUGCGUUAAAUAAUAAUCAAGCAAUUCAUAAAACUUUUUGUUGAUUAGUGCGGUGCCGGCAUUCGAUCAAACAACGAUCACGUACGGUACGCGACAAUUGUGAAAGUUUCGCGUUACUUAUUACAUACAAUACAAAAUCGGACUGCUCGUGGUACCGUCGUGAUUAUUAUUUACAUUUGGCCGUUAAAGGUGUUUUGUAUUGUAGUGGUUCUUAUUUAUCACAAAUACAGUUUUGAUGCAGUUUUAAUUUGGUUAUUGCAACAGAAAAAUGCUUGAAGAUUUAUCAUUCUAACGCCUUAAUAUUCUCAACAAGUUUAAAAAUGGUGUCAAGCAACUCGACCAGAUCAAAUACUCUCCAAGUAGUUAUCGUCACAAGUCUCGAGCCCACAAUGGCACAAUAAAAUUACUCAAACAAAAACACCAUCAACGUUCUAAUUUAAUAAACAAAUUGCACUAGUCGACCAAUCUUUCAAUUAAGCUUUUAAAAAAAAAAUGUCUUCGGUACAUGCCCAACAGCAGCAGCCCCCCGCGUCAGUCAAUCUGCAGUUUAACGCGAAUAGUAAGUCGGCCAAGAUGUCGGAUGAUAGGACGUCAUCAGGGAACGGUCGGGUACCCAAACGGACUUUAAAUUUGAAAAGUGAGGUGGAAACGGUGCCGGAGGAGGAGGAUUCUUGCGGGGAGGGAAGCUGUGAAACUCAAGAUGAUGACGAUGAACGUCUAGAAAUGAAGCCUUUGCGCAGCUCAGAUCCGACCUCAGUACAAAAUUCAGUAUUACCACUAAAACAAAAACUCUUGGAUCGAACAGAAUCUGGCAACAAUCACGUGGAAAAAUCUAGGGACUCUAGUCCAACUGGCUCAACCAAAAAAAUACACAAAAAUAGACAGUUUCUAGUUGAUUAUAGCCAAGCCGUUCCUAGCACCAGCACUAGCCCCAAUGCCGGAAUGGUUUCUAGUAUAAGUAGCCCUAAUUUUAGGAGAGAUCCUAGCAUAAGGUCUUUAAAAAAUUACCAUCAUGGCUUGAGUGAUUUGCAUGGUGUUCAGAAUAUUAAGCCUCCUAGUAGCGUAGAUUCCGGUUAUGGAUUAAGUACCAGUGCAAAACCGUUCUCUGAUGGUGGAUCUGUCAGGUCAUGGGCGUCGGUUGGUAUGGGAUCUACUGAUGGCAAGAAAAUGAUCGUUAGAAGGGUGCCUACAUCCCCUGUGGAGCUAUUUAAUAUAGUUAAUCCUCCUACGCCUCCAGAAGAAUAUGUGUAUGAUGACGAAUCUGAUGAUGGAACUGGUGAUGAAGAGGACAGCAUAUACAUUAAACCAAGAAGGCAACACUGGUCCAAUAAACUCCAAUUUGUCCUUGCUUGCAUUGGAUACAGUGUUGGAUUAGGAUCAAUAUGGAGGUUUCCGUAUUUAUGCUAUAAAAGUGGAGGAGCUGUAUUUUUAAUACCAUACGCCAUAAUAAUGGUGUUUAUAGGAGGUCCCAUGUUAUACAUGGAACUGGCUGUAGGUCAAUUCACUGGUAGGGGUCCCAUAGGAGCCUUAGGGCAUUUAUGUCCGUUAUUUAAAGGUACUGGCUUAAGUAGCGUAGUGAUAUCGUUUUUAAUGUCAACGUAUUACAGUGUGAUAAUAGCAUAUGGUGUAUAUUACUUUUUCACUUCGUUUCGAACAAAGCAGCCGUGGAAUGAUUGCUCGCAUAGAUGGAACAGUCAGUAUUGUUGGGAGCCCUCUAAAUAUGCCCAAAAUUUAACGAAGCCGCUAUUUACCAUUAGCCCAGCGGAAGAAUUUUAUGACCGAAAAGUUCUACAAAUCAGUAAAGGCAUCGAGGAAUUCACGGUAUUAAGAUGGGAACUGGUUGCCUGCCUAAUAUGUGCCUGGGUACUCAUAUACUUCGGAAUCUGGAAAAGCAUAAAGUCUUCAGCGAAAGUCCGAUAUUUCACAGCCACUUUCCCCUUCCUUAUAAUCAUCAUCUUGCUGAUCAAAUCUCUAACUUUAGAGGGUGCAGAUAAAGGCAUGAGAUACUUCUUCAAGCCUAAGUUUGAAUUACUUUUGGAUGCCAAGGUCUGGGUGAACGCAGCGAGUCAAACCUUUAACUCCAUGGGCUGCGCCUUUGGUUCAAUGAUCUCAUUCGCAAGUUACAACAAGUACAACAACAAUAUUUUGCACGAUACCAUAGCGGUAUGGGUGGUUAAUGGGGUUACCAGCUUGAUGGUGGGCAUCUUUGCUUUUGCUACUAUCGGAAAUAUUGCUACCGAGCAAGGAACUUCAAUUGAGGAUGUUAUUGAUGACGGCCCCGGUUUAAUUUUCGUCGUAUAUCCCCAAACAAUGGCCAAAAUGCCAACUUCCCAACUCUGGGCCGUCUUGUUCUUCUUCAUGCUCAUCUGCCUGGCACUGAACAGCCAAUUUGCCAUCGUUGAAGUGGUUGUAACAUCCAUACAAGAUGGUUUCCCCGGAUGGAUCAAGAAGCAUUUGAUGUGUCAUGAAGUCUUGGUGCUGAUAAUUUGCGUUAUAUCAUUUUUAUGCGGGAUUCCAAAUGUUACGCAGGGUGGUAUAUACUUCUUCCAACUAAUAGACCAUUACGCAGCCUCAAUAUCGAUCAUGUAUCUCGCAUUUUUUGAAGUCAUAGCAAUAACGUGGUUCUAUGGAGCAUUUAGGCUGUGCAAAAACGUCAAAACCAUGACCGGAAGACACCCUGGUUGGUUUAUUAAAAUUUGUUGGAUGGUAAUUACACCGUUAAUGAUAUUUGCCCUUUGGGUAUUUUUAAUCAUCGACUACGAACCUCCUACAUAUAAUAAUGGGGCCUAUCAUUAUCCUCGAUGGGCAAUUGCAAUUGGUUGGCUCAUUUGCUCAUUGUCUAUCAUCUGUAUUCCUGCUUACAUGAUAGUGGUAUUCGUUAGAGCGCCAGGAUCGACAUUUGUUGAGAAAUUAAAAAAUUCUAUAAAAUCUGACUUAAUUGACAAGUGCCCAAAAUGCAGUGAGACUGACUGUGAUUGUUUGAUAAUGGAGGAAGAAACUGGCCCUAUGCUGGUGAUGCAGGCCCAUCCCGACAUUAGAAAAGAUUUGAAUAUGCAGACUGGACCAAUGCCAGCUUACUCUCCGACAACAAUAACUGCCAGCAAAUACAUCAUAGGCGACGCACCUAUUGGAUUAAGUCAAAGACCACAAGAUCAGAUAACAAAUAGAUCAGAUAAUAAUACGGAUAAUCUGAGUCAGUACGAUAAUGUGAACGAGAGGUCAGGAAAUCAUGUGGGAUCAAAUAAUGGAAAUAAAUAGGCGUAGUUAGUUUACUGCCAAUUAAACUUGUUUGACUUUGGCGUGAUGAUUUGUCCACAUUCCAGUGUUAUCGCGGUAAUCCCUUGAUAUUUUAGAUAGAUUACUGUAUAAAUAUUAUGAUGGGCACGUAAGCCUUCCUGUAAAUUUUCCUCGUAGUUUUUAAGUAAUAAAGUACUGCGUCAUAUAAUUUACAUAAUGGCAAUGAAAGUUGGGUGAUAAAUUUCAAUAUUUUAUAAGAUCUAAAUUUUUAAUAUUAAGGUAAUUAAAUAUAGCUUGUAAAAUUAAAGAGCUUUAAACAGUAACAA